AUCAUAGUGAAAAUAGUUUUAUUAAAUUUGAAAUCUUUGCAUUUUCUACGUCUUCUCUAUCAGUGUAUUUCAGCAUUACCCCUUUUCCAUGGAAUGCCAAAUGUUGUUAAAGCAAUUAAAUAAUUUGAAACAAUUUUUCCGCCUGUAGUGCCUUUGAUGUUUGGUCCAAUAGGCAUUCACUUCGCUUCUCUCCCGCCGCCCACCAUUACCAACCCUUCCCCCCUUUCCAUACCGCGUACGCCACCAGUCGCUAAUGUGGUUAUUACAACAGACAAAACUUAUUAAAUCGCCCAACGCCUGCAGCUGUGUCCCAUUGUCUACUUCGGUGGGCAACACAACAGAGUCGGCCCACGCCCCCCAAAGACCUCCAGUUGGCCCGCUCCAGUUUGCCUUCCUGUCCGACCGGUUGGCUAUCGGAGAUCUGUGGCAGCAAACGAGAAUAUACGAGAAUGUCUACUUCUCCGCGGCUCUGAAACUCAGUAAUCCUUUCUGCGCCCGAUCUUCUGGCCCUAUGCGUGGACUCGACUUGAAUGCCUAAUGGGAUUGGGAUUGGUAAUUCGUAUGUUCCUCCACUUGGGUCAUAUUUGGUAUGGGAAGCACGUUUCGUGUGUGGGUAAAAGUACUCCAAUGUCUAGGGUCAACUAGGUUCAAGUCUUUCGGGGACUUACACACAUGUUUCUUACGACUUAUAGGCUUACUCUUUUUGGACGCCAUCAUUCACAAGUUUUUGAUAAAUUACAGUUGCUAAUCUCGAAUGAAAAAUAUUGUUAUUAAGUUUACUGAGCUAAAUCAGCCAGUUAAAUAGCUUAAUGGCACGGGUUUUUAUCCAAGCUCCAAUAUGUUUCAAAAAAACAUGUUCAUUAGGAGAAAUAAAGAUAUAUUGACAAGCAUAUAGCUAAGCUGAUACGUUUAUCUAACAUUUAAGCCACUGUAUUGCUCAGCUUCAACCAAAUAACUCAGCUUACGGAUUGAAAGGCACGUAUUAGAGCUAAUUCACAAGUUUAACUGGCUCAAAAAAUCACCUCUAGUGGACAUUUGAUAUUUAGAAGACUUGGAGAAGACAAGAUAUCUGCUGGAUAUUCAUUGCCAGUGGUCGAUCCAAUCGGUUUUAGGUUGGUCAGUUGUUUUUUUUUUUCAUACCUAAUUGAUUUGGCAUUUUGCGUUGCCAAAGAGUCGACAGAAACUGGUGUUUAUUGUGUUUCAAAACAAACAAGAUGAGUUUUUCAGUAAGCAAACCAUGCAAGGAUAGUAACUAAAGAAGUUACUAAAGAAGAACCCACUCUAUGCAAAAAAUGCAUUUAGCCGGUAAAUCGACCGUGACAGGACUCGAACCUGCAAUCUUCGGAUUCGAAGUCCGACGCCUUAUCCUUUAGGCCACACGGUCCGGUUGAAACGUCACGUUUGUCCCUGCCCUAUAAAGCUCAAAAUGAGCACUCCCAGGACACACUUUCACCACACUUUCGCAUCCUGACACCUCCACCUCCCAGGAUGUGGCAGUAAAAACCACCCUUGCCGGCAUAAGCUUCAAAAUUGUGCGUUCGUCCUUUUGCGGGGGAGUGGAGAGUCCCAGUCCUUGUGCGCAGAAUCCUCCACAAGGACCAUAUGUAGUACACAGCAUCCCACAUCAGUUGGUUGUGAUUUGGAAAUAACAUUACUAAAUCUCAAAAUCAAUCCAUUAACAAGCUGUCCUCUCAUUUUAUUAAUAUUAAUAUUAAACCACUUUCUUUAUCCAACUUGAAUUUGAUUGUUACAAACAAACUAGCGUUGCUUCGCCAGAGGGUUUAAUACUGUCCACUUCUAUAACCCUUAAAACACAAUAUUUACAUAGCACAUACAAAUAGAAAUCAAAAAAGGAUAUCUUUUCGUUAGUCUGCUUUCUGGUUUUUUCCGUCAAACUUUCAACUUUGUAAAAUUUGUCAAGUCGAUUGUUUAGAUUCCGUGUAGCACAGCAAUGCAAUAAGGGGCUCCAAAUUUCCUGAUACAUCAUGCUAGCCGGGAAUUCAGCCACUCUAUUCAAAAAAUCCAUGGCUGGUGGCACUGUGAAGGGGACACAAGCAGUAGCACCCACCUUCGAGGUCACCCAGCUAAGCAGCUCCCAGCUGUCCAGCAAUCGGGGCGUCCAGCUGCCGCCACUGAUGAUGAGGGGUCAGAUCGAUCCGGAUCAGGUGGAGAACGCCACUUUCCGCGUGGUCCAGGUCGAUCGUCGUCCCAUCAGCGAUCAGCAAUUCAAAACGCUAAUAAAGCGGCUGGUCAAGUGCUUCAUGUCGGAGGUGGAGAUCACAAAGCGGCUACGCAAGGCUACCUCCAAGCGGCCCGUAAAUCCGGGGGAGCGGCAGCUCAUCCAGCAAAUGGAGGCCGUGCGUCGGAAGUACGAGGCGGAGAGAUCCGCCUUGGUGGUGAAUCUCAGUCUGGACACCCGCUUUAAGCGGUGCCAUCCUCUUGCCGCGCAGCUCGGGGGCGUUCAGUCCAGCAGGUCCAGCAAAUCACGAAAGAGCAAUCCUCUCGAGAGCGACAAAGCUCCAAAGAAAACUACGAGCCGCAAGAACGAGCAUGAUAUUCGAAGUAGGCAACGACAAAGUGGAGGAUCCCUGCCCAAGGAGUCGAUCGUGGGGGCCAGUGCGUGCAAUCAUAUCGUAACGCCUGGAAAUCUGUCCAAGCGACUCGGAUUGCAGCAAGCCUUUCAAUCCUAUCCUGAACCUCACCGAAUUGAAGAAUCUUCUCCUCGCAACAAAAACCGAUUGGUGUCGGUCAACAACGGUGUAUCUGCUCAAGUGUCGCCCAGUUCUUCUGACGUAUUCUACGAUUUUCCGGAUGUAGUCGAAUUUUAAGAUCCAAGUUAUUUUGAUUUGCCAAUAUUAAUAUGCGAAAAGAAUAUGGAAAUUUCUCCGCAGCACUUCCCACAAACUGAUAUUGGAGGAACUCGACU